GAGUUGAACAAAAUGCUCCUCGUGCCGUUGGAACUCAGGAAGAGAGGUUUCCUUCAGUAAGAUGGCGGCCCGGCCGAGCCUCGCUUAGAGCAGCUGCUGACGGAAAUGCGGAUUGAGUAGUCGGAAUCAGUUCGUGCAGCAGUCAGGUUUGAUAUGUUGGAGCCUCUGCUUCAGCGGUAUGUGGCGGCCAUGGUGUUGAGCGGGGUGGGAGAUGCGCUUGGUUACCGGAACGGCUCCUGGGAGUUCUGUACGAGUGGGGAGGAGAUACACAGCCAGCUCCAGAAGCUGGGCGGCCUCCGCCACAUUGAUGUGUCCGGCUGGAAGGUGAGCGAUGACACCGUCAUGCAUCUGGCCACGGCUCAGGCCCUGGUGGCCAGCAAAGGACCCAAGGAAACCAUGGAAACGCUAUAUAGCAGACUGGCUCGGGAAUACCAGGAAUGCAUGAAGGACAUGGCAGGGAGAGCGGCAGGUGACACGUGUAUGAAUGCUGCCAGAUUAUUGAAACCAGAUCGUUCUGAUGGGUGGAAGGUCUCAUUCAAUCCGAGAGGGGGUGGAUGUGGUGCUGCCAUGCGGGCCAUGUGUAUUGGACUGCGAUUUCCCCAUCCUGAUGAAUUAGACAAGCUGAUUGAAGUAGCUGUUGAAAGUGGUCGAAUGACUCACCACCACCCCACUGGCUACCUGGGCUCGGUGGCUGCAGCGUUGUUCACAGCAUAUGCUGUGAAUAAGAAACCUGUAGUGAGCUGGGGAGCGGGCCUGAUGGAGGUGUUGGAGAAAGCAAAGAGCUACAUAGCAAAAGCUGGGCAUUAUGCUGCUGAGAAUCUGGCUGCAUGGCCCUACUUUGAAAACCAAUGGAAGAAGUACCUUCAGGAUAGAGGAAUUCUGGAUGGGAUAUCCAAGCCGACUUUCCCCGAGCAAUAUGAUGUGAUUAAACGUGACAAAUUCUACACCUCUGUCAGCUACUCGGGUUGGGGUGGGGCCAGUGGGCAUGAUGCUCCCAUGAUAGCUUAUGAUGCCAUCUUGGGCUCAGGCAAUUCCUGGGAAGAGCUAUGUAAUAGAGCAGUUUUCCAUGGUGGUGACAAUGAUUCUACUGGUGCUAUAGCUGCAGCGUGGUGGGGGGCGAUGUAUGGAUUUGAUGAUGUUCCCAUAUCCAACCACAAAGGCCUUGAAUAUCGGAGCAGGUUGAAAUCACUAGCAGAGAAAUUGUUCUAUUUAAGCCAUCCAAGUUCUUGCUCAUCACAAGAGUCAGAUGAAAUACAGUGUUGAGUAAGGCUCCAAUUUUGCCUUAUAAACCCAGGCUUUGAUUCCUCUGUUUCACUUUCGUUAGAAUGUAGCUAGCCUGUACCUGAAACAUGGCCCUUUAAAGUUCAAAGAUUAAAGUUCUGUUAUAGAU